CCUCACCUCUCCGGCUCAGGAAACACACAACACACAACACACACACACCUCAUUAUCUCCCCUCUCCCCCCGGAUAUGCGCGAGCUGCUCUCUUACCUGCACGAGCCGGAGCUGGUGGCCCGGUUCCAGAGGCGAUGCGGACUCUUUCUGGUCCGGGACCCGCAUCACGGUCCACAGAGGAAGAGAGAGCACGCUGCGGACGAAGCACGUGCACAGCGGAACGGAAGAUGGGACCACCAGGAUAAUAAUUCUAAUUAUGAAAUCCAACAGAAUGGAUGUGCUGUUAAUUUCGAGGUGAGAAACCGGUUUCUGCACGUCCUGUUCCUGGUGUCUGCCGCUCUGGGUCAUGAAGUCUUCUACAUCACCUGCCUGCCCUUCGUCCACUGGAGCCUCGACCCCUUCCUGUGCCGACGCCUCGUCAACAUGUGGACCGUAAGUCACGUAAAU